ACUCUCGAGUCGUACACAACCACUCGCUCUACUAACUCAUCCAACAUGGCUGUUAUUGGCAACAAGAAGACUUCGGUUUUCAGCAUCCACAGUCUGAAGAAGGCUAUUAAGAAGCUCAUCAAGAAGACUCGUCCUGCCAAGGAGGAGAAGAAGGUCGCCGAGGAAGUUGUCCGUGUGGACUUCGAGGCCGAGAUCGAGGACAACCUGGCUAACGAGGCUUUGGAGGCCCGCCUCCUCCAGAUGAUCGAGGCUUCCCCCGCCACCCUUGACCUCGACCUCAACCUGAGCGUCAAGGGCUCCCUCAUGGUGAAGGCUGCCCCCGACUUCGAGAUCCAGUUCGGAACCUUCUGGACCACCGAAGACGACAAGAGCUGGACUCUGUGCAAGGACCUCUUCGCCCCCGCCGCGCCCUCCCCCCGCCCCGCCAACACGGCCUAGGUGCACCAGCUCCCUCACAACCACCGACCUACUGCUGUGAUGUGUCUGCCCUGUGAUAGGGGCGUGUACAAGUGCCGUGAUGUGAUAAUACAAGUGCCACCGGGGGAACGGCGCCGUCAACCUCGACCGAGCGAAGCCUCUGAGGACCUUACGCCUUCUACAAGAGAGGACGAACCGCGACCGCCACUCCCGAGGACGCUGCAGGACCUGCCAAUCCUUCUCCUGCUUCGUCGCCUGUGAUAGGAUAGGACCUCUGCAAGAACUUAUCCCAAGCCGAGUCUCAACCGACCUGGCAGAGCUGUGAUACCCUGGAGGAAAGCCAGCCUUUUCGCCGAUCUUCUGUGAUACUACUUCUAAGGAAUAAUUUAUUAAUCAAAUAAAAACAAAAUGAAUUUA